GCAGUGCGGGUCCCGGCCCGAGCCUUCACUCCAGCGAAGAAGGACAGGCAGCCGCCAGGUGAAUUGAGGCAGCCCUUACAGAUGGGCGGUGGUAUAUCAUCUCUCCCGGAGGAGGUCUCGCUUGCCGAGGCGAAGGAGCUGGCGGGCGCCAAGUGGCAGCCCGCGUGGGAGGAGAAGUUCGCGGAAGCCAAGAUCUCCAGGGACGAGGCAGUGCGGUGCUGGAAGGAGUCCGAGGCCAAGGCCGCGAUCUCCGAGGCGCUCUACGAAAAGCUCCACGGCGUCGACCGCUCCGACGUGGCGGAAGCGCUGGACUUUUCGGCCAUAAUUGCGGAGAAGCGCGGGCAGCACCUGCCCGGCACGCGCGAGUGGGUCUUCGAGGCGGUGCUCCGCUGGCGGACUGACGUUGAUAGCGCAAAGCUCUUCUGGUUGAUCGGCGGCGGCGGCACGGGCAAGAGCGUGGCAGCGGCUGAAUUGCUCGCGCGGCUGCUCGACAAGGAAAACGCGGCCGCGUGGCACUUUUGCAAGCACACCGAGCCGGCGCGGUCCGCGCCAGCGGUGCUGCUGCGGUCUCUGGCGGGCAUGCUGUGUGCAACGGUGGAGGGCUUCGGAGACGCGCGGAGGGAGGGCGCUAGCGUCGAGACCGACAAGGUCGACGAGCUCUUCGAGGCUUUAGUAGCGAAGCCGUUGCGAAGCGUCAAGGCGCCGCGCGGCCCGGACGACGCCCUCGUAUUAGUCAUAGACGCGCUCGACGAGCUGCCGCGCGACGCGCUGAAGCCCGUGCUGUCGCUGCUCGCGACCGAGCUCAAGACGCUACCGCCCUGGAUCAAAAUCGUAGCGACAAGCCGCGACGAGGCGCAAAUUAAGGCUACACUGAAGGGCUACACGCCGACGGAGCUCCGUGUCGACGAAGGACGGAAUCGGCAGGACGUGAGGGCGUACCUAACUGAACUCGCAAAGGAGCACAUCGAGCUCGAGGUGACGAUGGAGUCGCUGCGACACGAGGUCGAGGCGAAGUUCCCGGAGCUCGCCGGUCGCCUCGGAGGUUUUGCGGCACUCGAAGAUCCGCUCCGUCGAGCCAAGGCCACGUACGCGGAAGCCAUGCGAGGCGUGAGCGGACUCGACAAGCUAGAGGCCUACAGGGAGCGACGAAACCCAGGACUCAAGCAGGACGAGGGCGAUUUCGAGACGCUCUAUGCCCAAGCCGCAGUGGCUCAGAAGGUUUUGGUUGAUUCUUUGAGAAAGCUCCACGAUGAUAUACAGAGUCCAGGCGUAAAGGGUCGUCCGCGGUCGCUGCAAAAGCUCGCCAAUGACUACGGCGGCGACGCUCGUUAUCUCAAAGAUCUCUCUCGAGCUACUAUCUUGUGUGAGACUCCCGAUGAACUGCUCGACGUCCUGAAUCGGCUCGCAAGCGUCGGCCUGGAGAUAGCCCAAGUGAAGAACAAGUUCGCCCACCCCACGCCCAUGGGCUACCGCGACUUUAAUUUGAACGUCCGCGUCCCCCUCGACGACAGCCAGACGCACAUCGCGGAGAAUCAACUGAAUUUGAAGAGCAUUGCGGACGCCAAGCACAUCGCGCACGAUCAGUAUGAAGUGAUCCGUGCGGCGUUACCUGACAUGUGCAAGGACACGAGUGUCGGGGCGGAGGCGCUCGAGGCAUUCAUUUCAGAGCGCCUCAACUCGUCGGCGCUCGACGCCGCAGUGAGUGCACUCGAGCGGAAAGCCGACGGGCUCAUGCUCUACGCGCGGCUCAUCGCGGACCAGCUCGAGGCAACGACUGGCAAGAUCGACUUUGCGAGCGUCGGCGCGCUGCCGGCGGGCCUCGACGAGAUCUACGAGGAAAACUUUCGACGCGUAUUCGUUGAUGAUGCUGCGUGGCGCGACGCGCUGCCGCUGGUGGAACUUGUGUGUGCCGCGGCCGAGCCGCUCACCGUCGACGCGGCGAGUAGUGCGUUGGGCUGGGAUCGGGCGUGGUGCAAGAAGGUCUGUGAUGGCUUGUCCCUGCUGUUCCCACUACGCGAGGGCGACGUCAUUGGUGUUUUACAUAAGACAGUGACGGACUGGCUGACGGGCGAGGCGCCGUUCGACAAGCGCUCUUCUGAGGACGAUUUCUUCGUCGCGCGGGACGCGGCGCAUCGGCGGCUGGCGCGGGCGUGUGCUCAGGCGGUUCGUGCUGGGGUACUUGAUACCGAGUCGCACUCGAGCGACGCGGCCGCGGAUGAAGUGCUGGCUUCAUUUGUGGAGGGCGAGGGUGGUGUGGCAUCGGAUGCUUAUGCGUUGCGUUGGUGCUUGUUUCACAUGAAGCGGUCUUCUGCUGAGGGCGAGGCCGUCGCUGUGGCGUGUAGCCUGUCGUACGUGCGGAAGCGGAGCGCCGGCGACAUCGCUUCCUUCGUGGCCGACUUGCGUGCUCUGAAGGAACAGGACACAUUUUUGUUGUCCGAUGCAUUGGUGUUGUCGCGGAACCUGCUAUCACGGGGGUUGCCUCUCGUAGAGCAGUUGUGGCAGCGGCUUGUGCCGCGCGCCGAUGCUAAGUCGGCCGCGGGACGCCUGGCCGAGGAUUUGAGACGCGUCGCAAGCAAGCUGCCCCUCUCGGCCGCGCGACCGAUGGGUCUGACGGCGGCGGGUGGGGCGGAGCGGUGUCGGAUCGAGACUCGUGCUGACUGCUUGGCGACGUUCGUGGAUCCGGCGACGGGCGAGCCGCGGGUUGCUUGUGGUUCUCAUGACGGCAAAGUGCGCAUCUAUGACCCGGUCGCGGGUGGUGCGGCGCUGGUGGUGAUUAACGGCGCCGCCGAACGGUACUCUCAGGUGAAUGCGCUGGCGGCCUUCAAAGAUCCGGCGACGGGCGAGCCGCGGGUUGCUUGUGGUACCAGCAUGCACCCGCGGGUUGCAGAUUGUGAUAAUGGCGAAGUGCGCAUCUUCGACCCGGUCGCCGGUGGCGAGGCAAUGCUUUUGCUCGAGGUGGGCUCUUGGGUGUAUGCGCUGGCGGUCUUCGCGAAUCCAGCGACGGGCACUCCUUACCUUGUUAGUGGGUCACGGGACGGAAAGGUGCGUGUCUUCGACCCGGUCGCUGGCGGCGAAGCUUUGCUUGUGAUCGACGUGGGUACUACUACUAGCAAACUAGAAGUCUUCAAAGACCCGGCGACGGGCGCGCCGCGGCUUGCAUGCGCGUCGGGAGACAUGGUGCUUGUCUUCGACCCGGUCGCGGGCGGCGACGCGCUGCUCGUGCUAGAUGUUGGUUCUCAUGUGUUUGCACUGGCGGUCUUCAAGGAACCAGCGACGAGCGCGCCGAGACUCGUGUGCGGCUCUAUGGAUGGGAAGGUGCGCAUCUUCGACGCUGUUUCUGGCGGCGACACGCUGCUCGUGCUCGACGUGGGUUCGCCAGUGGGUGCACUGGUCGCAUUUAAAGACCUGGCGACGGGCGCGCUGCGACUCGCGAGCGGGUCAAAAGAUCAGAAAGUGCGCGUCUUCGACCCGGUCGCGAGCGGUGAGGCGCUGGUCGUGCUCGAGGGACACAAAUGGUUAGUGGCCUCUUUGACAACUUUCACGGACCCGGCGACGGGCGAGCCGCGGCUCGUGAGCGCAGACGGUGAUAACGUCCGAGUCUGGAACCCGGCGGCGGGCGGCGCGGCGAUCGAGGCGGAGCCCGAGGGGCACUCUAAGGAGGUGAGGGCCCUGGUAAACUUUGUAGAUCCGGCGACGGGCGCGCUGCUGGUUGCGACUGGGUCCUGGGAUAAGACGGUUCGCGUGUGGGACGCGGAGACUGGUGGUGUGCUGCUCGUGAUUGACGUUGGCUCGGAGGUGAAUGCGCUGGCGUUCUUUGUGGAUCCGGCGACGGGCGCGCCGCGGCUCGCUUGUGGCUCUGGAGAUGAGAAGGUGCGUGUCUUCGACCCGGUCGCGGGCGGCGAGGCACUGGUCGUGAUCGCCGUCGGCAUUGAGUUUGCUUUGGCGUUCUUCGCGGACCCGACGACGGGCGCGCUGCGGCUUGUGUGCGGGACGGGCAAUUGGCGAAAGAAAAGUGGUGAUCUGCGCAUAUACGACCCGGUCGCUGGUGGUGAAGCGCUGGUCGUGAUCGACCUUGGCUCGGAGGUGCGCGCGCUGGCGGUCUUCAAAGACCCGGCGACGGGCGCGCCGCGGCUCGCUUGUGGUGCACGUGGUGAUGGGAAGGUGCGCAUAUAUGACCCGGUUGCGGGCGGAGAGGCACUGGUCGUGCUCGAGGGGCACACGGAAUCGGUGUGGGCGUUGACCGUUUUCGAAGACCCGGCGGCGGGUGGCCUUCGCCUCGCGAGCGGAUCAAUAGACAACAAGGUGCGCAUCUGGGACUUGGCCGCGGGCGGCGCGCUACUGUUCGUGCUCGAGGGACACACGAACACUGUGAACGCGCUGACGGCCUUCGCAGACCCGGCGACGGGCGAGACGCGGCUCGUGAGCGGGUCGCGCGACAAGACUUUGCGGGUGUGGGACGCAAGCAAGGGCGGUGAGGCGCUGCGGGUGGUUGCUUUUGAUGAUGAUGUUAGGGCGUUGGCUGUCAGGGGCGAUACGAGCGGGCUCUUUGUGGCUUUCGGGAAGCGGUGGGGGGAGCUGCGCAUCGAGAGCGGCACGACGCCACUGACGCUUGCGUGCUACAAGGGUGACGUCGCCGCAAUAAGCGCUCUUCUUCAGGAGGGCGCUUGCGUCGAUCAGGAAGAUAGUGAUGGCUAUACGCCACUGUUCGUUGUGAGUUUGAAAGGGCACAUCGGCGUCGCGCGCUUGCUGCUCGAUGCUGGUGCCGCGGUCGAUAAGCGGCGUGAGACUGAGUGGUCGCCGUUUGGGAUUGCAUGUGCUUGCGGACACCUCGACGUCGCGACACUGUUUCUAGACCACGGAGCAGCUGUCGAAUUGUGCUUGGAUGGCGCAACUCCGCUUCUUAUUGCUUGCCGAAACCGGAACCUCGAUGUGAUGCGGUUAUGUCUCCAGCGCGGCGCUGA